AUGGAUGGCGCUCGCUUGUUGCAGCUAGUCCUGGCAGGACAAACAGCUGCUGUGGAGGCCAUGUUGCAACGAAAAGUGGACGCCAAUUCCACAGAUGAGAGGGGGUGGCCACCUCUUUUCCAUGCAAGCCAGCGCGGUCAGCCAUCGAUGGUGAAGCUACUUCUAGCGCACAAGGCUCUUGCAACCUUUGCAGGCAUGACUGGUGAGACAGCUUUGAUGGUAGCCAGUGAGCAGGGUCAAACCAAGAUUGCUAACAUGCUUCUUGCUGCGAGCUGCAGCGUCAAUCUGGCAGCCAAUGAUGGAACUACAGCAUUGAUGGGCGCUUGCUUGCACAGUCGGAUUGAUAUGGUGCGACUUUUGCUUGAGAAAAAGGCAUCCGUGGGUGCCAGCACAAUCCAAGGAGGCACAGCACUUGCGGUAGCAUGUCAUGGAGACAAGGUGUUGUCGGCUGAGAUUGUCAAACUAUUGCUUUCAUGCCGCGCAACUGUUGAUGCACCUGGCCAAUUUGCCCAAACGCCUUUGAUCGCUGCCUGUCAGAACGGACAUUUUGGAGCAGUAGAAGCACUUUUGGAUCACAAGGCAAACAUCAACCAUGAGACUACGCUUGGGCAGUCAGCCCUCACCACUGCUGCCAUGGCCAACGAAAGGGACAUUGCAAAUCUGUUAGCUAGUCGGGGAGCAUUGCUCUCGCUAGCCAGCCUGGCUUCAAAAGCAGUUUCAAAAGAGCCGAAGCAAGACCCUUUUCUUGUUCCUGGAUCCCGUGCCCUCAUAGAGAACCUGGUUUCGGCAUCAGAUUUGAAUGGCUUGACAGGUGAGAUUGUGGGCUUUGACACCUCAAAAGGCCGACACGCAGUCAGGUUGCCAAAUGGAGAGGAGAAGCUGAUCAAGCCAGCCAAUUUGAAGCCUCUGGGAAACCACAGCAUUGAUUUGUGCAUGAGAGGAUAUGUACGACAGUUGGUGAAAUUGAUGAAACUUAAGCUUGAGCGUGAGGCUGUUCCGGAGGAUUUCCUUUGCUUGAUUCAGAGCUUGGAUGAGAAUCAUUUGCAGUGCAGCAUGCAGUUGCCAAGCGUCAUGCCGUCGAACUCAUUGAUUUUGGGAAGAGUGGUCGAUAUUUCAAGGCACCCAGACGAGGAAAGCGCCAAGCAGGAGGCAGUGGAUGGUGCUGCUCUGCAAGCUAUCAAGGCACUUCGGCGAUCAGACAAUGUGGACGACGAGCUGUCGCCAUGUUCUUCAGCAAGUGGUGAAGAAGAUGACGACCCGCUUGAACAUGAGCUCACAGACCUCAAAAACAUAGAUAUGGAUGAUCCAGAAGCAUUGGCUGCAUUCGCAGAGCGUGUCAACGAGAGCAUCUCAAAGCAGGCCUCAGCUUUGCGUGCAGAUGACGAAGAUUCAUCCUCUGACUCUGAGCCUGACCGUCGUGCCUUCUACAAGGCCUUUGGGAUGGAAUCAAAACUCAAAAUUGUGGCAAAUGGGAACCAGAUGCACACCUUUUUUCCCUCCAUAGACAAUUUGGUUGCAGGUGGCAAGUGCACACACUGGAGCCCCGGCACUCCUGUAAUCACACAGGAUGGCAAGAGGGGCAGCAUCAUUCUCUAUGAUGCGACAGCCAAGGUCUACUCUGUGAAACUGAAAGGUGGGAAGGAGCGCUGUUUCAAGAGGUCGCAAUUGAGACGUGCUCCAAUGCCAAAAGAAGAAGCCAAGAAGUUUGUCGAGGCCAUCGCAAAGUGGGAGAAAGAGAACCACAUAGGGACUUUCAUCACAAAGCACAUGAAAAUUUUUCGGGUGCCAAAAGAGCAAAUUCCCAGCCAAUAUCGCAAGAGCCUCCAAGGCAAGGAUUUGAUUUGGAUGGUCCAUCAAGACACACGUGCUUGGCCUGAUGGUGUCGAAUUUCAAGGUGAGGCACUGUUCAUUGACCCACUAGUUGCACAGCGGAAGGAUAUUUUUGGGGAGGAUUGGUUCAACGCGGUGGAUGCAACUUUCCCAGCAAAGCAAGUUCCCUUCAGGACCCUUCCACCCGAUGUUGCGACGGAGAUGUUCCGCAUGUUGGACGAGUCGCAGAAGGAGCAGUCAGGCUCCAAUUUGGACCCGCGACUCCAAGAUCUUCUUCAGGAGCGUGGGAUGGUGUCAAUUGAAUACAACAGCAGUGUUUCGAUGUCAGAGGCCUUGUGGAAGAAUGAUGCUGAACCCUUCCGCCUUUCACCUGAAGAGAUGUGGGGCCUUGCGGGUGGCACGCUCGAUGGCUUCGCGCAAAAAUUCCCCGGCAUUGCCUUGCACUGUCAAGACAUGUUGGAGACUGACGCAUCGACUCACUUUGCCGCAAUGGAUGAGCUCCAGAGUCAAAAUGCGCGGGUGCACGAGGCUCAUAAGGCCGAGCGGAAGAAGAAGGAAGAAGCCCUUCAGAUUUUGGAGGAAACCCAACGUUUGCAUGAGGCCAAAGAAAAACAACACCAAGAUCGGGAGCGAAGUUUGUUGGAACAGCUGCAGGAUGCAGAGACGGACUUCGCCAAGCUUCAAGCGGCGCUCGAGAAGGAGAAGAAAGUUGCCCUGAACAAAUUGCGGGCUGAAAUUGAAAGGCUGCAAGCCACGCUGCAAGAGCAAGAGGCUGCUUUCAGGAAGAAGGAGUUGAAAUUGGUGCGGGAGAGGCAAGAUGCUAUGGAAAGCUUGAACACCUCCACCAACCAGGAGGAGCUGGAAGCUGUGCUACAGGAGCUGACGGCCAAGUCUGCAGAGCUUUCCAAGCAAGAGCAGAUUUUGGCAGAAAAAGAUUUUUUCAUCCAAAGUCAGGCGCAGGAACUGGAAGCCAAGCAGCUGCAGCUUUCCCGCGACCGGGCGGAUGUUUCCGCGAAGCGCGAGAGCCUUUUGGAAGCCAGGCAUCAGUUGGAGGAGCAACGCCGCCGCGUGGAGCAACGCUUUGCAGUGCCGGACUAUUGGGUCAGUCGCAGUGGAAGCGAUGACGUGAGCCUUGUGCCAGUGGUUGAGGACCGAACCAUUGGAGCAUUGCAGGCUGCUAUCCUGAUUGACAACUUGGACUGGAUCGGCUGGGGUCGAGACCAGGCCUGCCCGGCGCAGCACAGCGGCCUGGAACUUCUAUGGGCCUGGAGGGUGGAACACCAAGGGCUGUGGGCCAAGUAUCGUGCAGAGCAGUGCAAGAUGCGAGCUGAUCUCAAGGUGAGCGGAAUUCAGGUGCAACCGGUGGACAUCAAGGAGUCGUUGCAAGCUGCCACAAAGGACCUUGCUCAGCUGGAUGCAGAGGUGAACGAAGUCUUUUUGCUCCAUGGCACAGAUCCCUCCAAAGUCCUGCAGAUUGCCCGUGAAGGCUUGAACGAGCGCUUCUCAUCACGCUCAUGCUUCGGUUUUGGUUCGUAUUUGGCGGAAGACGCAGGAAAGGUGGACCAGUACAUCAAACCCGAAGAGUUCUUUCGGCGCAACAAUGAGCUACACUCCAAGCUCUAUCUCGGAAGCCGAAGACACCCAGGCCGAACCUUCUACAUCUUUGUUUGUCGGGCGAGCCUUGGAAUGAUGGCCAGAUCCCGUGAUGGACAAUGGACACUGGAUGGACAUUCAGUAUGGGCUCAGACAAAGCAGCGGGCGCGACAGAGAGAAUUUGAGUUUGCGCCUGAGGCAUGGCCAAAACUCCGAUAUCACAGCCAGGUUGUGGAAACAACUCCUCCAGAAGAGAUGGGUUCUGUGCCUGCAGGAUCCACCGUGGUAGAACGCUAUCGCGAGUUCAUGACAACCCACAGUGAACGCAUCUAUCCUGAGUAUCUCUUGGCAGUUCGUAGGGCUCAAGAACGCCCAAUUUACUAG